UAACGCAUUAUAUUUCCUUCUUCCCUUAAACCCUAAAACGCUAGGGAGGGGGCGAUGAAGACCGUCACCGGAAGUAUCGUUUCUUCGAAGCCAAUCUCUAUCUCAAAAGCGGCGUCCACUCUCUCCUCCUUUCUCUCCGUCGACAAUGGCGCUUCGAAAGCAAUCUGCGCCUAUCUGAGACGCGCCUCCGCCUCUUUCAACGAGUUAAAGCAGCUCCACAAGGAGUUGAAAUCUUCGCGGUCUGAUCGGAAGCACCGGCAUCACGGAUCCGAGGCUUCAAACGAUCCAGAGGCUCCCAGAGUUAAUCCACAUUGGAUCGAAGACGGCGAGAAGAAAAACCUCGAGUAUCUGAGAGAAAAAGAUGGAAGAAGCGGUAAGCCGAGUCUUAAUGUUCAAUCUGAGGAUGGGCAGGAUGGGAAGACAGAAACGAAAAGCGGUGGGAAUGGUGAUUUUGAGGAUGCAUCGGGUGAAUAUCGAAAGAGAAAGGUCGAGGACUUGAAGACUGAAAUUGAGGAUAAACCUAACCGAAAAGUAGAGAUGGAUGUGGAAUCAAGUGAUAAAGAUAAGAGCGUUGUAGCAGUUGAGAAAAAAGGAAAAAAGCACAAGAAAAAGAGCGAGGAUAGACACGCUAAGAUUGAAGAUGAUGAACAUGAGGCUGGAGCCAGGCGAAGUUACAGUAAAUCGCGAAAUAGCGAUAAUAAUGGCGAAAUUGAAGCUUCUGGGAAGUUCGUCGAGAACAGUAUCGCAAGCGGGAAAGAUAGAAAGAAGCACGAGGACAAGAAGAGUUUGGGUGACGAUAAGGAUCAAGUAAAGAGUGAAGGUCAGAGAAGAAGAGACGCCGAGGAGGAAAAGAGCACAAACAAGGAUAAUGAUGAUGGAACAGAGUCGACCAAGAAGAAAAGGAAGAAGAAGAAGAAGAAGAACAGGGAAGAAGAAGAUGACGAUUUUCAGAACAACAGUGGAGGAGCUAUGGUGAAAGAGGAAAUUCCAGUUUCGGAUGACAAAGAAUUGAAAAGGAAAGAGAAGAAAAAAAGGAAGAAUCGAGGUUUAGAAGAAGGGGGUGAUGAUGGGUCCGAGGAACAACAGCGUACGAAGAGAAGAAAAGGAAAUUUAUGAGACAAGGAAGGAUGAACUCACAGUUCUUGCUUCAGUUUACUAAUUGCUAUCAAUGGGAAGAAGAACUGGGUGAAAGGCAACUUUUUGCAAAGAACAUAUAGAAGCGUCGUCGUCGAACGGUGCAAUGGAUGCAAAUGAAAUGACAUUUUGACGUUUGAGACGGAGCAGGAGUUUCCCUAUGCACUCGGUGAAUACAUCGGGGUGUGCUUUGAAGUGUUUGAAGUAUGCAAAUUGUUUGCCUGCCGUAUCGCCCCCGAGGCUGAGGGCGAACUUGACGUUUGAAUGCUGGGCCUUGAUGGAAGAAACAGAAGAAGGCGAUAGGAUUUGUUUGUCCCAAGAGACUCUGAAUUUGCCAUUUGUUGCAGAAGGAGAAGAUGAAGCGGUGUAAUCGAUGGCGAAGGAGAGGAUGAAGUGGAACUCGACGUCGGGAUGAAUAGGUACGUCUGAAAAUCUUACAUUAUUGCCAUCAGCUCCUAUGUAUUCUCUGAAUAGUCUUGUGUUAUCUAGGGGGGUUGCCUCUAGUGAUGGAAGUGUGGGGAAUAGCAACUGUAGAAAUGAAAAUAAGAAGAUUAUCUGAGCUGAACCCAUAAUAAUUGGUUGAAGCUUGAUGACACUUCUUCUAUUUAUAAA